AUGAAGCAUACGAGCACAAGUUUGCGCAAGGUUCCGGUGGGGCGGUUGGGUGGAGGGUCAUCAUGGAGAGAGAGCUGCUGUGCUCGGCGGUCGAUGAUUGUGGAGGGGAGGAGGAAAUAUUUCUUGAUGCCGUUGCUCAGAGGUGUUCAUGAUACGUUUCUGGGGGCAAUUGAGAUAGGCAGGUGGAUAACUGGUCGACAACCGCUGCCCUUGCGCUCGCGAGCAGGGGAAUCUGGGGGAGAGUCAAGGACGGCGCAAUCCAGUCGCUCUAUACCAAAACACUUUCAAACAUUAGCCUCGCAUCAAGCAUGGAAGGCCUCUUCACCAAAAGCGCCAACGGCAAACCCGGAUGCCGAAACGACCCUCUCCGAACAACUCCGCUCUGUUUUUCGACUUCUCACAAACCCCAUCGUCAUAUGCACGGCGACUCACAAUGGCACGCCUCGGGCCAUGACCAUGUCGUCGUUUACGUCGUUGACGUUAUCUCCCACGCCUCUCGUUUCGUUCAACAUUGCCACGCCGAGCCGGACGCUCGAUGCAAUCACGUCCAGCAAGGAGUUUAAUAUCCACGUUCUAGCAGGCGAUGAGAGCGGGGCGGCAGUCGCUGAUCAUUUUACACGGGGCAAUAUGGACGGCGUGUUUGACACCAUUGAAGGGGCAACAUAUACGGUGGAUAAAAGUCAGCAUGGAGGGAGUUCGGCGCCGCUGCUGAAAGGAGAGGGCGUUUUGAGAGUGCUCCGGUGCAAGCUGUUGCCAGAUGGAGCUACAGGAGGCCUGGUCCGUGUACGAGACCAUGUCAUCGUGUUGGGGGAGGUUGUUGAGAUGAUACCCGGGAAUAAGACAAAAGAAUUUGGGCUUGCAUAUGCGGAUAGAAGAUAUAGACAGGUCGGAGGCGUCAUUGAGAAUGCGCGCUGA